AGGUAAUCCUACCUAUCAUACAACUCAACACAUUUGUACUUGACGGUGUUAUCCACACCAAAUUCAUCAGCAAGCUUAAAUAUAAAUUCGACAACUUUUGGUUGAAACGAUCUGUACGGUUACAAGCAUAGACCUAUAAAGUAUAAAUGGCUACAAGUUGUAGUCACAAAACUUACUUACCACAGCCUGCGUUCUAUCCUACGUCUACAAAGGUUUUUUUUCUUCAUAAAAAUGUUGGUGCGCCUGCCCGGUUGAAGAUAAGUUAUCAGUUAUCUAUUUGACACCAUUGUAAUACAAUUUUAUUACUUCGUUAUUCGUUACACUAUUACAGUUCAGAAAUUAUAAAUUAGAAUAACUGAAUUAAAAAUUAAAAUGUCAUAUCUAUUCAGCUCAUUUGCUCUCGAUUUGUAGUUGUCGGUGAUCCAGUUUAUAAGACGAAAAUAGUAUAAUUAUUAAUUUAUACGAUUAUCAUGAACACCACGAUAACACUAAUAUUGAAGUGCUGAAUAGUUGGGCUGUCGGGAUGCUACUUACACAAAUGACAUCAUAGGUGACCAUAGCAAAUGAAGAUAAAAUAUCUUCAUUUUGCGUAGUGGACGAACGAAAAACGAACUCAUCAUAUGACUCCUAUAAGGGAUUUUGAUAUUUGUUUCACGAUGCAAACAGUAUCUAAACUACCUAUUAAGUGUUUUGUCAACAUGUGAUAGCCAGGUGACGGGUAAACGAUUAAAAAUGGUAGACACAAACACCAAGGAUGAAGAACCUCUAGUCGAAGACUCUUCAAUAAUUACAUCAUUUUCAAAAAUUAGUACGGCUCUCUUCUAUGCUGCUGCGUCUAUGUUAAUCACUGUAGUGAAUAAAUCUGUACUAACUAGUUAUGGGUUUCCGUCCUUCCAGUUUCUAGCCAUUUGCCAAAUGUUUAUGACAAUUUUUGUACUGUUCACAGCCAAAAGUCUUGGAAAACUAAAAUUUCCAGAUUUAAAUAGGCACACAUUUAAAGAUACGUUUCCAAUGCCUCUAAUAUAUUUAGGUAAUAUGGAGUUUGGUUUAGGCGGUACCAAAGAAUUAAGCUUACCAAUGUUCACCAUGUUAAGACGUUUCUCUAUACUGAUAACCAUGCUGGGUGAGUACUAUUUACUCAACAUUAGGCCCAAGUUUUCUGUCAAGAUAUCGGUUGGCAUGAUGGUGUCUGGUGCCAUUAUAGCAGCAAGUAACGACCUAGGAUUCAAUUUAAACGGAUACAUGUUUGUACUGUUUAAUGAUUUCCUGACUGCUGCAAAUGGAGUAUUCACAAAAAAAAAAUUAAACUCCAAAAAAGAAAUGGGCAAAUAUGGACUCAUGUAUUACUCAUCUUUGUUCAUGAUACCGCCUGCUUUAAUACUGUUAUAUUUUUCGGGCGAUCUAGAUAAAGUAUACAGAUUCAGUUAUUGGUUGCAUACACCGUUUUUAAUCCAAAUUUUCAUCUCAUCUAUAAUGGGCUUUAUUUUAAAUUAUAGCAUAAUGCUAUGUACUCAAUACAAUUCAGCUUUGACAACAACAAUUAUUGGAUGUCUUAAAAAUAUAUUUGUUACCUAUAUGGGUAUGUUUAUUGGUGGUGACUAUGUGUACACAUUGAAUAAUUUCAUUGGUAUUAAUAUCAGUGUUAUUGGUAGUCUAUUUUAUACUUAUGUUACAUUCAGACCAUCUUCACCAUCUCAAAUUAAGUUGCCAAAUACUAUAAAUGUAUAAAACUUUGUUUUACACAAUAUUGUCUGAUUUAUAUCAAAUUAAAUUUAUUAAUUAUAAUUUAUAAUACUAGUUACCUUUUAAAUUAUUGUAUUUUAUUUUUCAUUGUGUAUUUUACUUGUACGAGAACAAUAUAUUUGUUACCUUUUAAUUAUUGUUGGUAAUAAAUUGUAAUAUUUUAUUAAA